AUGACGUUAUGGCCGUUGAACGACGGUAGAGGUUCACGAUGGUCAUUUUGCCCAGGAGCCAGUACGCAGCUAUCGGAAUUAGGGUCUGUGAGGCUUCAUUCUUCGAGUGCCGCGCGUUUCCGUGUGGUUGAGAGGAUGUCAGACUCGAUGGACAAUGAUUGUGGGAGGCGAGAGAUAUGUUUCAAGAUGAAUAUGACUACCAAGAAACUACUGCAACACCGAUGUAACCAGAUUACAGAAGGCCCACAACGUCACCAUUCCAAACCCUUUCACCCAAUCACUCUCGUCCGGCUCGCCAUGGCUAACUCAGCAAUCGCACCCGACACACACACAUCCACUACACAUCUCACCAGCCGUUUCGGCCCUUUGGUGAUCGAGUGCAGUGGCCCGCCCCGCGAUCACCACCAUCCUGCGCCUCACACCCGCUACCCUUCGCACACAGCCCAACCCAACGCCAUCCGCACCCCAUCACGGAGACACCAGCACCGUAUCCAGUGGAGACAAGCAGCAGUUGAAGCGCUUCUCUCCACAAACUACCGGCUAUGCUACUCCGCAAAACUAGUUCUAAUCGUUACGUACAAAAAUUGUUUCCCCAGAUUAUCACAUGCAAGACAUAUCCGUCCAGCGUCUGUCAGACAAACUCAAGCUCUAAACCGCGCGCCCAGCGCAACCGUCUUUGUAGAUAAUAGCCGAUGGCCGCAUUAG